AUGAAGGGCGGGUGCCGGGAGACGCCCACGAUCUCCGUCCUGCCAGGGUGCCUAGACGUCUUGACAGGCUGGGGGUUGGGGGAGGGACGCCCCGCUGCUUCUCAAACCCCUCCGGGCCUGCUGGUGCUUCAGGAGCACAACUUCCUCGGGGAACGGAUUUUCUGCGCUCGGCCUCCUAGCCGGAGAACCGUUUCCUGUUGUUUCCUGAGGAUCUGCCACCCUCCAGUGCCAAUGACAUUCGCCCUGUCCACACCCUUUACGGUCCCUGAGCAAACUAAUAAGGUCUCAGGGCUCUUGUUUCUGUGGGAAUGCGGGAGAACAAGAUUUCCAAGCAUCUGUGCCCGGGAGAAGAAGGGAAAGGAGAGAUCGGAACCUCUCUUCAGCGCCAAGCAGCUACUUGCACCUCCUGAGGAGCAGGCAGGAGGUGGCCAGGAAGCACAGUUAGCCCAGAGCUGCUCCCGUGGCCACCGGCCAGCAGGAUUUUACCCCUUGCUGACCGAGACUCCCUGCCAGAACUUGGAAAAUGCCCCGCCCCCCGUCCGUCCCCGCGCCCUGAUUGGCCCCGUCCCCCCGCCCCGCGUCCGUCCCCGCGCCCCGAUUGGCCCGUCGCCCCGUCCGUCCCCGCCCCCCGGUGGGUGCCCUGGCCGGGGCGCGGAGCGCGGCUCCGGCGUCGGCGGGGAGCCACGGGAGCCAUGGGAGCUGCGGGGACGGGGACGGGGACCCUGCUCCGGCUGCUGCUGCUCCUCGUGCUGGCGGCCCCGCUCUGCCCGCGGGCGGAGGACCUCGAAAUCCAAGGUCCUCCACCAACGGACCAGUGUCCCGGAGACCCCUCCCUUGCCCUGCCCCCGGCCGGCCGGCCCACCCACCCAGAAGAGGAGGCCGUCGCGGGCUGGGCAGACCCGUGGGCUCAGUGUGGCCUUGGCCAGCCCCGUCUUUUAUGAGAUCACAGCCUUCGAAAGCGCCCUUGAUCUCCGCCGCAGGAAGACGUUUUCUCACGGAAGACAGUUUUCUCACGGCAAAGCCAAGUCGGUCUCUGAGGGAGCUGCGGCUGGCACAGCGGGCUUCUUCAGGGAGGGAAUUGGAGCAGGCCACAGGGGCAAAGUUCUCCUCAAGGGCCGGCAGCCUCUUGCAAGGGGCGACGGGUGCGGCCACACGGUGACCCACCGGGAAAGCGGCACGCUGGCCUCCAAGAACUACCCCGGCACGUGCCCCAACCACACCGUGUGUGAGAGGACCAUUUCGGUGCCCGCGGGCAAGCGGCUGAUUCUGCGCUUCGGAGACCUGGACAUCAAAGCCCAGUCCUGUGACUCGGACUACGUCUUGCUGAGCAGCUCCACGGCUCGGUAUGGGCUGUACUGCAGCGGCCUCCCUGAGUCCAGAGAGAUCGCCCUGGACACGAACGAGGUGACCGUCCGCUUCGAGAGUGGAUCCCUCAUUUCCGGGAGAGGAUUUCUGCUGUCCUACGCCAGCAGCGACCACCCAGAUUUAAUCACCUGCUUGGAGAAGGGGAGCCAUUUCUCACAAACAAACUUCAGCAAGUUCUGCCCUGCUGGUUGCCGGGACAUUGCAGGGGAAGUUUCCGGAAACGUGGAGUCUGGAUACAGAGACACCUCUGUCCUGUGCAAAGCGGCCAUCCAUGCCGGGGUGCUUGCCGACGAGCUGGGCGGCCAGAUCAACGUGCGGCAGCUCAAAGGGAUCAGUCACUACGAGGGCCUGCGGGCCAACGGCGUCUCCUCCCGAGAGGGCUCCCUGUCGGACAGGAGGUUUCUGUUCAUCUCAGAUGGCUGCAGCGACCUGCUGCAGGUGGACGCCAGCCGGCAGACGGCCACGUCGGCCCCCAGGCCGCAGGCCGGCCCGAGCGGGAGAGUGGUGCGGUGGUUCCCCGGCCAGGAGGGUCGGCUGCAGCUUCCGGAGCCGGCGAGGGCUACAGGCAACGGGAGCGAUGGCCGCCGCGGCCCCGGCUCCCCCGGGCCCCGCAAGUCGCUCAAAAUAGACUUGGGAGAGAAGAAGCGGAUAACAGGAAUCUGGACCACGGGGUCAGCUCAGCCAAACUCCAUCUCCUACGUCGAGACCUUCGUGUUGAACUUCAAAAACAACUCGAAGUGGCAGAGCUACAAGGAGGUUAUGAGCAACAAAGAGAAAAUCUUCCCCGGCAACGUGAACUUCCGAGACCCGGUGCGCAAUAACCUCAUCCCGCCCAUCGAGGCCCGCUACGUGCGGCUGAUCCCCCAGACGUGGCACAAGGGCAUAGCCCUCGAGGUGAGCCUGCUGGGCUGUGCCGCCACACCUGGGGGCCCCCUCCGGGGUCCGGGCCGGGCUCUGCACCCCCCGAGCCCCCGAGCCCCCGCUUUCUCUCCAGCAGGAAGCGGCGACUCCUUUGGGCGUCACGGGCCGGGCGGAAGCGCCGGGGUCUCGGACGGGAAGGAGGACAGGCCGGUCACCGAGCUCGUCCCGGCGGUGGAGACGGAUUUAGGGUUCGAGUUUCAGACGCUAGCCAUCCCGCUGGGGCUGUGCGUGAGCCUGCUGGUGGCCGGAGCCGUGGUCUAUACCACCCUGCGCAGGAGGAAGCUGAAAGGGAGCGGGUACAGAGCAGCGGCGGCCCCGCAAUCAGGCUGCUGGAGGCAGAUGAAGCACCAGUCGACGGAGUUCACCAUCAGCUACGUGCCGGAAAAGGAGGCCCCUCCGAAGCUGGAUCUGGUCACCAGCGCCAUGAUCGGUUUAGAGUACCACCAGCCCCUCCUGACGGGGACGGUCACCAAGAAAGGCUCCACCUUCAAGCCCAUGGACACGGAGGCGGAGGACGGGAGCGGCGAGCCGGGAGGCCGCGCCGCCCGCCCGCCCUGGGCCGGCCGCCACGAGUACGCCCUGCCCCUGCCCGGCCGGGGACCCGAAUACGCGACGCCCAUCGUGGAGCGGCACCGGAGCAGGGGGCCCACCUUCCCGCCGGAGGACGGCUACCGCGUCCCUCCCCCGGCCACCGCCGCCCACACCCGUUCGGCCGGCGGCCUCUCCGGCGCGGGCAGGACGGACGCCUGGCACGGUGACUACGCCCAGCCCGGGGCAGGGGACUACGACAGGCCCAAGGGAGGCAGCGGCCUCCCCGCCCCGGUCUGGGGCACUCCGGACCCUUCCGCACCCCAGGUGGACCCCUCAAGGGAUGACGGGUACUCCGCCCCGAGGGACUGUCUGAAAGCAGCCCAUCUUGCCGCCGGGACCGCGGACCCGUGAGGGCACCCGGGUGGGCGCUGCCGGCUGGCACGAGGGCCGCGGCACCGGCCGGGAGAGCGGGGCGGGGAGAGGGCGGUGCCCGGCGCUCACCUCUGA